UCUUGUGACGUCAUGGAAUAUCGGGGGAACCCUAUUUUGUUCUCUGUGUCGACUGAACUGAUGAAAUGAAAAUACUUAUUGGAUGCACGGGAAGUGUUGCUACUAUCAAACUUCCUGGUCUAGUAAAUGAACUGCUUAAUACUGACUUAAAGCCUGAGGUCAAGGUCGUUGCUACUGAGAAGGCAACCCACUUUUUUGAUCCCACCUCUUUGCCAGUUCCAGUGCUUUUAGACCAGCAGGAGUGGGAGUGUUGGAAGAAAAGGUCUGACCCGGUUCUCCACAUUGAACUACGACGAUGGGCCGAUCUGAUGGUGAUCGCACCACUUGAUGCAAAUACACUUGCCAAACUGAGUCAUGGACUUUGUGACAAUUUAUUGACAUGUGUUGUGCGUGCGUGGGACCUGCAGCGCCCCCUGUUGUUUGCCCCGGCGAUGAACACGAUGAUGUGGGAACACCCACUGACGAGGCAGCACCUGGACGUCCUGCUCGGGUUGGGAUACACGCACAUCCCGUGUGUCGAGAAGAUGCUCGUCUGUGGAGAUUCAGGGUUUGGUGCUAUGGCUGAAGUGUCCACUAUCGUUUCCACAAUAAUGGACUUUUCUUCAAAGAAGAGCUCUUCUAAAGAUGGAGUAUGAAGACACAACCCCCUCCUCACUGGGUUUCUAUGGACCUACUCUCAGAGUGUCAUUAAAUGAGAGCACAUUACUCAAGUGAGAGGACACAAACCCCCUCCUCGAAAGGUUUCCACAGACACUACAAAUUGACAAGAUAGCUUUUAUAAUGAAGGUUUUAAUAACAAAAUAUCAAUUUAAAAUUGCUGUCUGAUGACCUCACAUCACCAUCCUACUUUAAUAUGAUGUCAUAUUAAGUACAAGCACGUGAUAUCUUAUGUGGGAUAGAAAUUUCUUACAUAGCUGUCUUUCAUGGGAUAACUCUGUCCCAUAUACCCGAGGAUGACAGAUAGAAAUUUCUUACCUAGCUUUCUUUCAUGGAAUAGCUCUGUCCCAUAUACCCGAGGAUGAGAGAAAAGUGAAUGUAAUGAUUGGAAAGUGCAUGCCUAUAACCUUAUUUUGAAGUGUAUCGAUAUGUUUUGUAGUUUAAAAGAAACAGUUGUUGUCAUUGAUGUUAAUUCCCAUGUGGGUGCAUCCUAAUAUAAAAUUGUCACUACGUCAAUGUGUGCAACAGUACUAUGCAUACAUCAUCAUGUUUAUUCUUCUUUAGAUGUAUAGCUCAGGUACGUAUUAUGUAGAUAACACCAAUGACAUUUUGUAUGUACCUCCAGAUAUGAUCAAACGCAAAAUAUGAACUAUUCUGUAUACCAGUUGUAAUAUUAAAAUGUUAUGUCCG